GAUAUAAAAUAAAGAUCAGGUAGCAUUUAUGUGCGAAAGUGAAAGAUCAGAUACCAUUUGUGUAGUUCACUCCUUAUAGUAUUAAAGCUAUGUUUGUAUGGAUAUGAGUUGAAAGAGAUGAAUGAAAUUGAAUAUUAGUAUAGUAGUUAGGACAAUGCAUAAAGCAAUGAUGUGGAAAUCUGACUUCGAAGUUGUGGUCUUGACCUAGUGGAAUUCCCAAGUGUUUCCAUUUAUGGCUUAAAAUCAGACAACUCUUGGUGUUCAAAACAGAAAAGUAAAGUCUAAUCAUCAAACAUAGGAACGUCGUUUGUCUAGAGCACAAGAUGUAUUCUGUAAAUAACUAAUUUUAUACAGAUAAUCUUGCAAUAAUUUGUAAAGAUCUGAUGAUACUUUUGUCAAAAUUUAUAUCCGUGUAAGUGAAAAAUAUAAUCAUUAUCAAGCUUCUUGAAUUUUGCAUAUUCGAUUAAGAAUUAGAAUGACUAAUAUUAUCUCUCAUUUACUCAUCCAAGAUGUAGGCCAAAUGAUAGUUGCUACUUGCUAGUGAAACCUUCAAACUAAAGUAGUGUCCAACCAAGGUUGAGUCAUCACUAAUAUUAUCUCUCAUUUACUCAUCCGAGGUUUGAGUCAUCACGAGGAAAUGAUGAACUAUUAUUGAUAUUUUUGAAAAAAACUUUAAAAUUUCUUCUCAGGUUGCAAGUACAGUACUAUCUCAACACAACAAUUAUUAACACGAAAACUAAUUAAUUACAUAUACUGCCAACAAUAGGCGCGCCCCACAUAGAUUCUCAUGUUUCCAGCACAGAUCUAAUUAAAGAAAACUGGUUUAAAUGCUCCAUAAAUAUUUUGUUACUUUACCUAAUUCUCAGUAACACUUUUGUUUCUUAUACAACAACCAUAACAAUUAACAGUGAAACAAUUAAAACGUUGAACUGGAGUUGAUGCAUUUUAUUUAAACACUAAAAUUAAGAAAUACUAUGUAUUUAAUGGGUUAAUUGAAGAAGAAUAAAGUAGAUAAAUGAACAAAAGAUAAAUACCAAUUGAAGAGAGGCUAAAUUAGAAAAAAGAACAAAGUAAACAUAUUGAUUUGUACCGUAAAAGAAAAAUAAGUCAACUAUGCGGACAACCAAGAAAAUGAAUACGAGUCAACUGCUUUCACCACUACCUCCUCCAAUUUACACUAUAUCCGGAAACAAUUAAAUGUAUUGUGUUUUUAUCGUAAAAGAAAAUAAUUCAACUGCAGUGGAUAACCGAUCAAAAGAAUGAAUACGAGUCAUACUCUUUCGACCGUACUACCUCCAAUUUACGCUACAUCCGGAAAUAAUUAAUAUUACUAUUAUUUUGGUUCCAUCAUUCCUCUAGAAUAAAACAUGAUAUCUACUGGCUCAGAAGCUUGCAGAUAAGUUUUAUGAAUUAAUUAGACACAUAAUCCCCCAAUUAUUAAAGAUGGCACAAAAACAGGUAGUAGGCAAGAAUAUAUGAUGGCAGGCAAUAUAUAGAUAAAGUAGUGAGUAUGACAUGACUAGAAAUGGAUCCAAUUAAAUGUCCAUUGAUAGUCAACCUUUAGCUUUUCCAAAGAGCUCCAAUGGAAGUUGAUGUAGAUAGAGUAUUAGUGGGGAAUCUCAAUCUCAACAGCAUACAUACAUAAACUCAUUAACACAUACUCACAUAGUUAACAAAACUAUAUAUAUAUAAGUAUAUAACACCCUAUAGCCCAAUGUAGUUGCUCUCAUUCAACAAAAACCCUAAAUUAUUAGUACUUAAUACUUCAAAGAUGGAAGAAGCACAAAAGCAAGAUGAAGGAGGGUGGCUAAAUUUGAGUGGGACUAGCACUACUAGUCCUCCUCCUGCACCUCCAACAGAAGCAAGGAAGACGUUCCCGUGCAACUUCUGCAGGCGAAAAUUCUACAGCUCGCAGGCGUUGGGAGGGCACCAGAAUGCUCACAAGAGGGAGAGAGGUCUUGUCAGACAUUAUCAGACAGGAAGGAUUGUGAUGGCAAGAUCACUUGGUGUGCAAGCUCACUCUCAGAUUCACAAGCCGCCUGUAUCAGGCCGGGCUGAGGAGGGAAGGCCGGGCUAUGGAGUGGGAGGCCAUGUCUUGUACGAAGCAGCGGAUCAUGCAGUUUGGCCGGGGAGUUUCAGAUUCGGACGUCAACAGGCGAAGGAGGAGGAGGAGGAUGUUCUUGAUUUAAAUCUUAAACUUUGAAAUUAUUUUAUGUUGGAGUAAGAAUUAAGAUUACUUGUAGUAUUUGAGUGAUGUAACGUGUACUCUUUCAAUAUGUUUAAUCUAUUGAAAUACUUCAGAA